UAUUUGGGGUGGGGGUGUUUUAAAUUGUUCUUAAGUGUUACUACAGUCAUACCUUGGUUUUUGAACAACUUAGUUCUCGAAGGUUUUCGCUCCCAAAUGCUGCAAACCUCCCAGAAGUGAGUGUUCCGGUUUGCGAACGUUCUUUGGAACCUGAAUGUCCGGCGGGGCUUCCGCAGCUUCCGAUUGGCUGCAGGAUGUUCCUGCAGCCAAUCAGAAGCCGUGCUUUGGUUUCCUAACGUUUUGGAAGUCGAGCGGACUUCCGGAAUGGAUUCCGUUCGACUUCCGAGGUACGACUGUAUUUUGCAUUUUUUUGGUUCUCUAAGACUAUACUACUACAUCCUACUACUACAUAUACUACAUCCUUUUAAAUGUGUUUGUGGGAGGGGGUUUGUUGUUGUUUUUCGUUUUGACCAUUUGCUUGUGUUUCGAACCACUCAGAGGUCUUGUGAUGAAGGGUAGUAAAUAAAUCUUAAUAAUAUCCUCCAAACAACCCUGCGAGGUAGGUUAGGCCGAGCGUAGGAAGUUGACCAAGGAUUGCCCAGUGAGCAGAGUGGGAUUGGAACUUGGGACCUCUGGGGCUAUCAUAAAUGCUGGUGGGUGUUUCUGAGCCUGCGCCCUUGCUUCGACAUGAAGGAACUUGCAGUCAGCCUCCACGUAGCCAGGAUUAGGCGCUGGGGUCCCUGUGGCUUCUCGUCAGGCUUGAACCCAUCGUGCGUCGUCUUUAGAAAAUCAAGUCAUCACCUCUUAUCUGACUCUUCUCCCUGCGAGGGUUUUACGUCACUGUCAGCAAAACCAGCAAAUCUGGCUCUGUUCAGCCCUAGGGCAGGGCACGGAGAAACCCUGGAUUUUUCAGCAAACGAGGCAUGCCUUUUUUCUCUUGCCGGAGGGAGGCCUUCUCUGCACGACACGGGAACUGAGUUUACUUUAGGUUUCUUUUCUUCAUGGCACAGGGAGCCGAGUGCCUAGCUGCUGACAUCUCCCCCGGAAGGUUUUGUUGCAAAGGAAUAAUUGAGGCUCGGGAGGUGUGCGGAGGGGGACUACUUUGAAGGCGGGUCAGGUGUGUUGAAUGUUGACUUUGGCAAGGAGGCCCCGAUACGCUUGGGAGAAGCUCUGAGCUGCCUGUCCCAACAGAAAAUCAGGUUCCAGGAGGAGCGGCACGCGGGAAGGGAUCCCUUGCGCCGUCGGGGCUCGCGGAUCUGGGCGGCUGCGGGGAUGUUUGGGCUCGGCGCGGCUUUCGUGAAACGGCCGGAGCAACCUAGGAAACAGACGGGCAUGUUGCAGCAAGGAGGGUGCCGGUGAAGCCUCUCGCUCUCCUUUCCUCCUCCACCGCACAGCAACCGGGACCCCUCGUUUCAUCCCGGGCUUCCUCCAUGAGGCGGCAAGAAGCCUGAUGCCCUCUUCGGCCCUCACCAUGGAUGGCGGGAAGAGCUUCCACCCGCCUUGCACACACCAGCAGUCAGUCAACAUGUUUUGUGGGGUGCCCACCCUGCCGGCCCAACUAAGCAUGCCCACCCUAGAGUUUCAGAAUUCUGCUUCCAGUUGGUGGACUCAAGCGCCCUAUUCGUCAGCUUCGUACUCGGCACCAUCUUUCCUGAGCGACAACCAGCAAUAUUUUGAUUUCUACUCUGGCGGGCAGCCGUUCUCUGAAGCCAACUAUGCAACUCCAGGCCUCGCCGAUUUCUUGAAGAACGGCGACUUUCCUCAGGAUUCUACGUUCCCCACUGAUCUCUCCAGCAACUCCCUCUUCUCCUCCCCGGCCGACUCCCUCUCGGACAUCGCCGACGCUCAGGAAUUCCUCCCCGCCGACAGCCUCAGCCGCGUGCCGACGAUAUGGGACAUCACCCCACAGCAGAACCAAAUAGAGCGAUUGCCUCCAGAUUUGGAAGGCUUAGAAGGGCUACAGGGCAUGGACAGUCACCUUGCAGCCGCUCCUGAAGAUACCUCUCUUCUUUCCACCGUUCAGUCCCAAACUCAGGUAGAGGAGGAGGAAGAAGGGGACGACGAAGAAGCGGAGGAGCUGGGCCACGCGGAGACGUAUGCCGACUACGUCCCUUCCAAAUCCAAGCUGGGGAAGCAGCACCCCGACCGCGUGGUGGAGACAAGCACCCUCUCCAGCGUCCCCCCUCCGGACGUCACCUACACCCUCUCCCUCCCCGGCUCAACCGCUGACAACGGAUUACUCUCUGCACUACAGCUGGAAGCGAUUACCUAUGCCUGCCAGCAACACGAAGUCCUGCUCCCCAACGGACAGAGAGCUGGCUUCCUCAUCGGGGACGGCGCUGGCGUUGGGAAAGGCCGGACGGUCGCAGGGAUCAUCUUCGAAAACUACCUGAAGGGGAGGAAAAAGUCCCUGUGGUUCAGCGCCUCAAACGAUCUCAAGUACGAUGCCGAGAGGGACCUGAAGGAUAUCGACGCACCUGACAUUCCUGUGCAUGCUUUAAACAAGAUUAAAUAUGGUGACACAGCUACCUCGGAAGGAGUCUUAUUUGCCACUUACUCUGCCCUCAUCGGCGAAAGCCAAGCCGGUGGCCAGCACAGGACCCGCUUGAAGCAGAUUCUGGAUUGGUGCAAGGAAGAUUUUGAUGGUGUUAUUGUGUUUGACGAAUGCCACAAAGCCAAAAAUGCCAGCUCUACCAAGAUGGGCAAAGCAGUAUUGGACCUGCAGAACAAGCUGCCUCUCGCAAGGGUGGUUUAUGCCAGUGCCACAGGUGCCUCCGAGCCAAAGAACAUGAUUUACAUGAGCCGGCUGGGUAUUUGGGGAGACGGGACGCCUUUCCGAUCAUUUGAAGACUUCCUAUCGGCCAUUGAGAAGCGGGGUGUUGGUGCAAUGGAGAUUGUUGCCAUGGACAUGAAAGUGAGCGGGAUGUACAUCGCUCGGCAGCUCAGCUUUUCGGGGGUCACCUUCAGGAUAGAAGAAAUCCCACUGGACCCAGAGUACAAGCUUGUUUACAACAAGGCAGCUCAGCUGUGGGCAGAAGCCCUGGGGGUUUUCCAGAAAGCUGCCGACCUGAUUGGUUUAGAGUCCCGGAAAUCUUUGUGGGGUCAGUUCUGGUCCGCCCACCAGCGCUUCUUCAAGUACCUCUGCAUUGCUGCAAAGGUCCGGCGUCUUGUCGAGUUGGCGAAGGAGGAACUGAACAAGGGCAAGUGUGUCGUGAUCGGCCUGCAGUCGACAGGCGAGGCCCGAACCCGGGAGGUCCUGGACGAGAGCGAGGGGCAGCUGACUUGCUUCGUAUCUGCUGCCGAAGGCGUCUUCCUCUCACUAAUUAAGAAGCACUUUCCUUCAACCAAACGAAAAAGAGAGAGAGGAACUGGCAUUAAGAGAAAACGGAAGCAGAAGGGCCGUGGGGCCAAGUUCCCCAAAAGUUGCGACCUCACCACCAGCGGCGUCAUCAAGAUCAGCUCUGACAGCAGCUCUGAUUCUGAGGGAGGGAUGGAGAGCGAUUUCAACUCGUCCCCGGAGUCCCUGUUCGAAAACGACGAUGUGAUCUUCAACGGCUACGCUUGCGACGAUCGGGGCAACACCUCUCUGCAAAAUUCCCAGAAGGAGCUGUACGGCACCGUCAUGCUGGAGAACGUUGAGAAAAUGAAACAGGACCUCCUGGCCAAGGCGGAGGCGCUGGGCAAAGAACUACCUCUCAAUACCUUGGACGAACUGAUCGAUCACUUUGGGGGCCCAGAGCACGUGGCAGAGAUGACCGGCCGCAAAGGGCGCCUGGUGCGGCGGCCGGACGGCUCCGUCGUCUUCGAGUCACGAGCCGAGCAAUGCCUUUCCAUCGACCACGUGAACCUCAAGGAGAAGGAGCGUUUCAUGAACGGAGACAAACUCGUAGCAAUAAUAUCCGAGGCCUCCAGCUCAGGGAUUUCUCUCCAAGCGGACAGACGGGUAAAGAAUCAGAAGAGGCGCGUCCACAUGACGUUAGAGCUGCCUUGGAGCGCCGAUCGAGCCAUCCAGCAGUUUGGUCGGACGCACCGCUCCAACCAGGUUUCUGCUCCGGAAUAUAUCUUCCUCAUCUCCGAACUGGCCGGCGAGAGGCGAUUCGCUUCCAUCGUGGCCAAACGCCUGGAGAGCCUUGGUGCCUUAACUCACGGAGACAGGAGGGCGACCGAAUCCAGAGACCUCAGCAAAUACAACUUUGAGAAUAAGUACGGGUCCCGAGCCCUCGUCAAAGUCCUGCACACCAUCAACAACCAGACUGAGAACAAAGUCCCCGUGCCCAAGGGCUACCCGAGAGAAGACGCGGCUUUCUUCCAUGAAAUGAAGCUGAGUCUCCUUUCGGUUGGGAUCGGCUGCAAAGAGAUGCGGUACGGCUACGUGGCAGUGGAAAAAGAUUGCUCCAUCAGCAAGUUCCUGAACCGCAUCCUGGGUUUGGAAGUCCACAAGCAGAACCUCCUUUUCCAGUAUUUCAGCGACACUUUCGACUACCUGAUCGAGAGGGACAAAAAGGACGGCAAAUACGACAUGGGGAUUAUGGACCUGGCCCCCGGCAUCGAUGAGAUCUAUGAAGAGAGUAAGGAGGUUUUCCUAACCCCAGGGCACCCGCAGGACGGGCAGGUGGUCUUCUACAAGAUCAGCGUCGACAGAGGCAUGAAGUGGGAAGAUGCCUACAAGAAAUCCCUGCAACUCACGGGUCCUCAGGAAGGGUUCUACCUGUCUUAUAAGAUCAGAGGCCAGCAAUACACUUGCCUCCUGGCUGAGCAGAGCCGAGGAAGAUACUUCACCCUCUACAAGCCGAACAUGGUCAAGAACAGCCAGAUGGAGGUCUUGGAGAGUCUCCUCAAGAAGUACCGACGGGUGUUGCCGGAAGAAGCCAAAGAGCACUGGGAGAGCAGCUACGCUUUUUCAUUGGAGCACUGCAACCACGCCGUGUGGAAUGGGAACUGCAAGAUGGUUCAGGAAGGGAAAGAAUGCUUUCAGGGGACGCGCCUGCGCCAUUACUAUAUGCUGUGCGGGGCACUCCUGAGAGUCUGGAGCAGGAUCGCCACCGUCAUGGCCGAUAUCACGAACAAGAGCUACCUGCAGAUCGUCCGCCUCAAGACCAAAGAAAAGAAGAAGCAAGUCGGUAUCAAGAUCCCAGAAAACUGCGUUCAGCAGGUGCUGAAGGAGCUCAAGCAAAUGGACACCAGCGUUAAGCAGAAGCAGAACCAGGCUUUGAUGGCGGCGGCGGCCUCCGCGGGGCCCAGCCUGCCCUAUGCGCUGCUCCCCCUCGACCACCCGCCCACGCCGGGCACCGGCUUCCUGCCCCAGGACGAAGUCUUGGACCUGACCUACAGCCCCGCCAGCGACGGGAUCCCGGACUUCUGGACCGAGGUGGCUGUGCCGCCGCCACCACCGCAGCCCCCCGGCCCUCCUUUUCAUUUCAACUUCCCCCUGCCCUUUGACGGGGCAUCCCUGGUGGCAGGAGGCCUGCCCCUCGCCGGCUCCCCUUCCCAGCACGAACCCUCGCCGGCCUCCCAGGCUCAUGCCGCCGCCGCCCCUCCGCCGGACAGCUUCCCCCUACCCGACCCGGACAUCAACUACAAGGAGCUACUGGAAGAGAUGCUGAGCUCGCUCAAUGUGGGGCCCGAGGACAGCACCCAAGGGAGGCAGAGCGUCAUUCAGUACCACCCAGGGCAGCCUUUCCCCACCUACUACGAGGACGACGGCAGCUGAGCGGCCGGCAUGGAACGUCGGGCGUGGCGUGGCGCGGCAGGGACACCCCUAUUCCCCACCCAGCCCGGGGGGGGGGGCGGAAAGGGGUGGGGAAGCCACCCUGUGGGGUUUAAGGUUUGGAACGGACCACUCCUCUGUCUUUUUUUCAAAACAGGGAUGGUGGGGCAGAGAGUUCAGAGCGAAGCAAAAACAGAAAAAGUUUUAUUUAUAUAUAAUUAUACAGUCACCUCUGUACUGAAUUUUUUUUAUAUCUCUCUCUAGAUACAUACAAGUGGAGUUUUUUGGGGGUGGGGCAGUGGGAGGUGUAGCGACGCCUAAACUGGGAGUGAGGAGGGGGGGCAAGAACAAGGUUGUAUGUCUCUUCAAACCCCCCCCCCGGCUGUAUUCCCCCCCCCUUUGCCCCUCUGCAAACUACUGAGUUUGGAAAAGUUGGGAUCUUCUCUUCCCUCCCCACGUUCUACCCAGUUUCUCAAGAGGGGAGAGGCGCGCCAUUCGAAUCCACGACAACGAAAGCUUUCCGGGUGGUCCCAAUGUGGGGUCCCCCCCCCCCGGUGGGUUGUUUUGCACAGGUACAUGGUUCGAGUGAUGCUGCACAGCCCUGCACGCUUCUGGUUCUGAGCCGAAAAGGGGCGGGGGAAUUGCCUUGAAAUUUCUAGCCCUUGUAGAGGUAGGGAAACGCUUGGUGGACGUGGGUGGCAGAAUUUCUGUGGUCCUCCCUGUUUUUCUGUGCCUGAGGCUCAGCGCCUACUCCCAGCCUGCAUCCAUGGGACUACAGAUCCCAUCAGCACCUGGCAUCUCACGGCCAGGUGCUGAUGGGAAUUGUAGUGCAAAACAGAGGGGUUAGUGGAGCAGCUAGGAAAGGCCCGUCCUAGCAAGAACAUCUACAUUUCUCUCUCUAGUCGCUGUCAUUUUUAUUCCGGUGGGCAAGGAAGAGGGGCUCGAUCUGCCCAAAAGAAGUUCCCUUCAGGCCCAAGUGAGGGCAGAGAUCACCCAUCAGGAUUUUUUAUUUCGGACGUGAGGGUUAUCUAGGUUAGCUCAGAAUUUAUAUGCAAACCAUGAUUUUUCUGACACCCCACCCCCCAAGAACAUUUAUCUCCUCUUUCAGAGAGAAAACCACUUUUUCCGUAUGGGGGUAGGGAAAAACGUGAGGAAGCUGGUUUCUCCAACCCCCCCCCCCAAAAAAUAUUCUGCAGGGAAUCUUGAAGGUGUUAUAUAUCCCAUAAUAACCCAGCUCAGUGCUCCAGAUGAUCUACGCAGGGAUGGAGCCGUGUCGCUAGAGAAGAGCUCUUUCCCUUCCUGGUUUAUUCGCAUUUAUGCAAGUGGUUUGGAACAGCCCACUCUUAAACAAAAACAGGGGGGGGGGAACCCUCACCUUCUCCCAAGGAGGCAUAUGUACCCACUGUCACUUUUUAAGUUUUUGAAAAUGCAUAGGCAAGGCUCUAGUCCUCCUGGAGGUUCCCUGGGUGCUGGCAUGGGCCACGGGCUUCCUCCUUUGUGGUCGGAGGCAUAUAGUUUAUUAGUUUUGUCUCUUCCUCCCUCCGUAGCACCUUUCCUUUACUACUGCUGCAAUUGCCCCUCUGCUCCCCUCUCUUGGUGAGACGGCAUCGCCCAUGGGGUGGGUGAGUUUCUCUCAAAAAACCCCACCCAGAUCCACAGCGUUCAGGAUUGCCAUGGUUUCAGAAUGCCUGCUACUUCAUGUAUUCUGAGAAUCUGUCCCCUCCCUCCCCGUCGUUUUCUAGUCCUCAUGACUCUCGCAAGCUUGCAGGCAAGAUGAUGGGGAUCUAGAAUGAAGGAAGUGGUGGGUGGGUAAGUAAAAGAGACACAGGAUUUGCAAGGCAGCUCCAGUUCCCCCGACUCCCCCCCCCACCAGCCAGAAGCGGUGGAAUUGAAGCAAUUAUGCAAAGAGAGAAAGAAACUAUGCAAAUAAGCUGUUUUGCAGGCAGCAGGAGGGAUUUGGUUUUUUGCCGGAAUUUGUAUUGCCCUCGAGGGCAGAGACCACAUUCUCCUUUGGUUUGCCCCAUCACAAUUGUGCGUUGCCCUUUAAAGAUUUUAGUAGCCAUAAGUGAAUCCCAGCAGCCAGCCUGCUUUUAGGAUUCGUUUCCCAAAAGGAGUUGGGUUGGGUGGCUUAAAAACUCAGGAAAGAAUUGGAGGUGCGCUCAACCGGGGCUGCUUCCCCCCACUUCCCCAAAUGGAAAUAUCUCAGAAUUGUUAUGUGGUUAUUUUAUGGUGGUUUAAUUAUUUUUUCAAAAAAAUCUGUAUUUCCCAAGGCAGUGAGACUCCCUUUAAGGAGAUACAACCCGCUGUACCCUCACCCUCCAUCUUGUCAGGAAAACUUAAUAUGUAACAACUACUUUUUUAAACUAAAUUAUUAUGCUGUUUUUUUGUUCUAUUGAUUGUAUGUAUUUUUAAAAUGGAAAAAAUCUCUUCUCCUUCCUGGUUGGCACUUUCUAACCAACUCAGCUCCCCCCCCCCAUGGAUAUUUAUAAUUCAAAAUUGUGUAAAUAUAUAUAUGUAAAAAGGGGGGUGCCUGCGAAGAGUAAGGGGGAGAAGUCUUUACCCUUUUUUUUGUUGAUGAGGAAAUGUGCCUUUUAACUCGUGAUUCUGGAAUUUUCUACCGAAGGAUUAAAACGUUGGCAUUUCAGCUCAGUGAAGAUGUCAAGUCUUGAAAUUUGUAUGCACAUGAGAAAAUGAAGGGGGCGUUCGUAUGGUUUCGAUUCACUAGAUUUUCCAAAAUCCCUUUCUGUAAAACACCCUGAAGUUGCGAAAGCAUGAACCACAACUGCCAUGGUCAAUAGAGGUGGCUCCUGCCCUCAGCUCCCCCACACACUAGGACGUGGCCCCCAGCAGCUCUCCCCAAAGGGAAUGUGGCCCUCAGCUUUGAAAGGGGCUUCCAUACUUCCGCUUCUUUCAGUCUUCUCUUUGAUUUUGGUUCUGUUGGGUAAAAUGCCUUUUACUCCCGAAGAGCAGAUUGAGAGCUUCCUCAGUCAAUAGAGCAUGAGUCUAUCUCAGGGUCAUGGGUUCAAGACGCGCAUUGGGCAAAAGAUUCCUGCAUUGCAAGGGGGUUGAACUAGAUCACCCAUUCCAAUUCUAGGAUUCUCUGACCUCAAGCUCCUAACAGAUGUGUGGAAUGCUUUGCUAAUUUUCCUUGAAAUCGUAGUAUAGUGGUAUCUUGGUUCUCAAACUUAAUCUGUUCCAAGACGCGCCUUCCCAUAGAAAGCAAUGCAAAACAGAUUAAUCCACUUUUAAAAACAACCCCUAAACCAGCAAUUGAACACGAAUUUUACUAUCUAACGAGAACAUAAAAUGAAAACAACAAACAAUGUACUGCAGUCACACAAUCAGCAGCAAAACAAAUAGCAAAAACAGACCUCAGUGUAACACUGAAAAUGGAAGUGUGGCACUCAAAUUGGAAGCGUAACACCCAAAAUGGAGCACGUUUGGCUUCCGAAAAAAGUUCGCAAACCGGGACACACACUUCCGGGUUUGCAGUGUUUGGGUUCCAAGUUGUUUGAGUACCAAGGAGUUUGAGAACCAAGGUGCCACUAAUGUAAAAGGAAACCAACCACCUUUUCUCUCAGGGCAAAAAAAGGAGACAGCAAUUCCCUAGAACUGGAGAAAAGCAAGCAAGCAUCUUAGUGGAGGCUCAUGCAGGAGGGGAUGCCUCUAUU